AUGGAAAUAUCCGGAAUCCACAUCCAGGGAGCUUUAUUUGAAGGACAUAUCGUUGAAACAAAACAAAUAUCGCCUACGGUUGCAACGGCUCCAAAUCUGUACAUUGCUUGGAUAUCUGCUGAUUCUCCGGAUGUGUAUGAAAAAGACCAGUCAAUAUUUGUACCACUCUAUGCAACACCUGAACGAAACCAGUUGAUUGCCGAAGUUCAGAUGCCGUGUACCAAAAAUUCGGACAGAUGGAUUAUUGCUUCAGUUGCAUUAUUUUUGUCAAAUCAAUAA